GUGCACUGAUGGGACUUCAAAAGGACAGACUAACAGAGAGAGGGAUAAAUGUAGAGAGAGGGGGAGAAUAAUUUGUUUAUUUGUAAUGCAAAGUAGGAGCUGAAAGAGCUGAGAGUCAUCCAUCUCAGGUAGUGAGAGGAGGGAGUUCUGCCGCUCACUUCUCCUUCCACCAUCACCAUUUCUGCUUCUGUCAUCUUUUCUUGUAGCAGAACUCAAGGUUUCCAGUCCCCCAACCAUAUCUGUAAUCUCUGUACCCCACCCGCACAUGCAUAUACUCCAUAUAUAAAUGCUGAAAGACUGACAUAGACAGAGAGAGAGAGAUUAAGGCCUGACAAUUGCAGAUUGCGUGUGUGACUCUGAACUGCACAACUUGGUUCUACUCUCUGGUGAAGAAUCUUCGGAAUUUCUGAGUUUUCUCUUCUUCCCGAGUUUUGAAAAUUUUGAUCUUUCUCUGAUUCCUGGGAAGCUGAUGAGAUCUGAAGAGCACUGAGGAAGUGGAAGUUCUUUUGGGAUAAGUGCAGCGAAUCAUCAUCUUUAGUUUUAAGCAGGAAAUGCGGUUGGUUUAUGUCCUUAGCUGAUGCUGAAUGAACUAACACGCUUUAAUUGGAUGAGGAUUUGAUUUGAGAUUCUGUUUUCUAUCUUUGGUUCAGCGGAAAUUAAAUGAAGCUUUCUUCUGCUUGUUUCAAUCAGCAGUCUCCUCAAGAAGGGGAGAAGAAAUGUCUGAAUUCAGAACUGUGGCAUGCCUGUGCUGGUCCUCUUGUAUCUUUACCUGCUCUGGGGAGCAAAGUGGUGUAUUUCCCACAAGGCCAUAGUGAACAGGUUGCUGCAUCUACAAACAGGGAAGUUGAUGCUCAUAUUCCCAAUUACCCAAGCUUACCUCCACAACUUAUCUGCCAGCUACAUAAUGUUACAAUGCAUGCUGAUGUAGAGACUGAUGAAGUUUAUGCUCAAAUGACAUUGCAACCUCUAAGUCCGCAAGAGCAAAAGGAUGCUUCUUUUCUUCCCAUGGACAUGUGUACCCAAAGCAAACAGCCAACAAACUACUUCUGCAAAACACUUACAGCGAGUGAUACUAGUACUCAUGGUGGAUUUUCAGUUCCUCGCCGGUCAGCAGAGAAAGUGUUCCCUCCACUGGACUUCUCUCAGCAGCCUCCCGCACAGGAGCUUAUUGCAAGGGACCUUCAUGACAAUGAAUGGAAGUUCAGACAUAUUUUCCGCGGCCAGCCAAAACGACACCUUCUCACCACUGGUUGGAGCGUGUUUGUGAGUGCUAAAAGACUUGUUGCUGGUGAUUCAGUCAUUUUUAUCUGGAAUGAGAAGAACCAAUUGCUUCUUGGUAUACGACGUGCCAAUCGUCCACAAACAGUGAUGCCAUCUUCAGUCGUAUCAAGUGACAGCAUGCAUCUCGGCCUUCUUGCUGCUGCCGCCCAUGCAGCUGCAACUAACAGCCGUUUCACCAUCUUUUACAAUCCAAGGGCUAGCCCCUCAGAAUUCGUUGUGCCUCUUGCCAAAUAUGUUAAGGCUGUUUACCAUACCCGAAUUUCUGUUGGCAUGCGCUUCAGGAUGCUAUUUGAAACUGAAGAGUCUGGUGUUCGGCGCCAUAUGGGGACAAUAACCGGAAUAAGUGAUUUGGAUCCUUCUCAUUGGCCAAACUCGUAUUGGCGCUCUGUCAAGGUUGGGUGGGAUGAAUCAACAGCUGGAGAUAGGCAACCAAGAGUAUCCCUUUGGGAAAUUGAACCUUUAAUUACAUUCCCAAUGUAUCCAUCUCCCUUUCUCAGACUCAAGCGACCAUGGCCCCCAGGACUCCCAACCUACAAUGGGAUCAAGGAAGAAGAUAUGAUGAUCAAUUCUCCCCUGAUGUGGAUGCGUGAUGUGGGAGAUCGUGGGAUGCAGCCUAUGAAUUAUCAAGGAAUGGGGAUGGCACCUUGGAUGCAGCAGCCCACCUUCCCGAUGCUAGGCAUGCAAAAUGAUGUUUAUCAAGCCAUGGCCGCUGCUGCUCUUCAGGAGAUGCGGGCUGUUGAUCCUUCCUCCAAACACACCCAAUCCCCACUCAUGCAAUUCCACCAGACAAACGGCCUACCCCAAAGGUCUGCUGCUCCCCUAAUGCAUCAGACACAACAUAUGUUGCAACACUCUCAACCACAGCCAACAUAUAUCCCUGAUUCCCAGUCCCUACUUCUCCAGCAACAGUUUCAACUCCAAAAUUCAUUCAACAAUUCUCUUCAGCAGCAACAGGUUUCGGGCAUGGGGUCCGUCAUGUCCCCAUUAGCUUCAAGCUCACAGUGUCAGUCACCCUCACUACAAACAAUAUAUUCCAUGCAGCAACAACAACAACAGCAAGGAUUUUCUGACCCCUCUGCCAACCCUAUGGUCAAUCCACUCCAGUGUCUGGUUUCCCAAUAUGAAACAGCACAAAUUAUAAACGGGUCGAGACCAGGUAACCUGAUGUCCCCAACUAGCUGGCCGCCAAAGAGUAUUGCAAUUGACCCUGUCACAUCUCAAAACAUGGGUAUGUCCCAGAAUGUGGCCUCUUAUCCUUCUUCGUUCCCUGGUAGAGUGUGUUCUGAAGACCAAGAAGGGGGAAACAACAGUGACCCUCAAAACCACCUUCUGUUUGGGGUUAAUAUAGAAUCGUCAUCUCUCCUAAUGCAGAAUGGGAUGUCGUCAAACAAGGGAGUGGGGAGCAUUUGUGAUUCCACAACUGUGCCGUUUGUCACCUCAAGUUACAUGAGUAAUUCCGGAAAUGAUUUUGCUAUGAACUCUGGAAUGACACCUCCUGUUUGCAUCGAGGAGUCCAGUGUCAUGCAGGCUUCGGAGAAUCUGGGCCCAGAAAACCCACCAAACAAAACCUUUGUUAAGGUUUGUAAGUCGGGGUCCUUGGGAAGGUCACUAGACAUCACCAAGUUUAGCAGUUACCAAGAGCUGCGCAGUGAACUUGCUCAGAUGUUCGGCCUUGAAGGCUUACUGGAGGACCCUUUAAGAUCAGGCUGGCAGCUUGUAUUUGUUGAUCAGGAGAACGAUGUUCUUCUGCUCGGAGAUGAUCCUUGGCCCGAGUUUGUGAACAGCGUAUGGUGCAUCAAGAUACUGUCUCCUCAAGAGGUGCAGCAAAUGGGGAAGCAUGGCCUGGAGCUUCUAAGCUCCAUUCCUGUGUCUAGGAUGUCUAGCGGCAGUUGUGACGACUUUGGAAGCUCACCGGAAUCAAGGAAGAUGAUUAGUGGCAUGGCGUCUGUUGGUUCUCUUGAUUAUUAAAAUUUUAUUCUGUUGGUUAUUACUAGUCCGAGCAUUUCCUUGUUCAUUGCUUAACUAUUAGCUUAAGGUUCCAAAGUUCUGUAGCUUAAGAUUCUUUUGAAAACCAUUCAGAAGUUAUUUCCAAGACAUUUUGUGAUUGUAUUGUUCCAAGGAAUAGACAAAAGCGGUGUCUAUUAGGUAAUUUGAGUUGUAAAGUAUUAUGGUUUUCAUUCCUAAUCAGAGGAUCCCUAGCAAUCUAAUUUUGAUGUGAAAAAAUUGACAUCCAGUACAC